CCCAAAGUAAAGAGAAAAAAAAAAACCCUCAGACGAAAUCGGCAGCGAUGCCAUCGAUCGAACAGGAAAAGCCACUGCCGCCGACUUCAAUGGAGCAUGACAUCCGAAUCCGGCGUGUGUGGGCCGAGAAUCUUAAGGCGGAGUUCGAUCUCAUUCGCGAGUGCGCUGAGCGGUAUCCCUUCGCCGCCAUGGACACGGAGUUCCCUGGAACUGUCCACCGUCCGCAUUGUAAUCACUACGUCCUAACCCCAUCCGACAAAUACGCUUUACUUAAGGCCAACGUCGACUCGCUUCAGCUCAUCCAGGUCGGCCUCUCACUCUCAGACGCCGAAGGAAACCUCCCGGGCCUCGGCAUAGACGGCGCCCGCUUUAUCUGGGAAUUCAAUUUCCGUGAUUUCGACCUCUUUCGCGACGACUAUGCUCCCGAAUCCAUCGAACUACUUCGCGACAACGGGAUUGAUUUCGAGAAGAACAGGACGAGAGGCAUCGACUCACGCCGUUUUGCAGAACUGCUCAUGUCUUCGGGAUUGCUCUGUAACGAUUCUUUCGUGAGUUGGGUGACAUUUCACAGUGUGUAUGAUUUUGGGUAUUUGAUCAAAAUCCUAACUAAUCGCAAGUUACCGAGGACUAUGGAAGACUUCCUGGGUUUGGUCCGUAUUUUCUUUGGGGAUAAGGUUUUCGACGUAAAGCAUAUGAUAAGAUACUGCGAUGGGUUAUAUGGUGGGCUUGAUAGGGUUGCGAAGACCCUUGGGGUCGAUCGCGCGGUGGGAAGAUGCCAUCAGGCGGGAUCUGAUAGUCUGCUAACUCUGCAGACAUUCCUUAAGUUGAGAAGGAACUGGUUUGUGAAGACUGGAGUAGACAAGUACGCAGGAGUUCUCCAUGGCCUGGAACUCCUCUAAAUAAUGUUUCAGGAAAAAUUGCUUGUUUGAUAUGUCCAAUUGUUUCAUAUCGCUUAAUAAAUUCAUUUAUUUUAAUUUUGCA